CUUUCGCGCGCCCAAGGUACACACAUACCUUUGAUGGUCUGAGUGAGAUACACGUUGUGUUGCACCACAGUCCCACGGCCUUCCCGUCGCCAUCCCAAUCACCGUCUACAAUUCUUCUCGAGUCUCCCGUAGGUCUUUGACCCCUACCUAUUGCAGCUCCGGAUCCAGAUACACUAGAUAUCAACAAAAUAUCAAAACGAAAAAAAAAAAAAAACCAAUGACAUGACAACCACCACAUCUUCUCCCAAGAGUUCCGGUUCCGCACUCGCGCACCCCCACAAAAUCAUCCUCAAAUCCUUUAUCCUCUGGAAACUCUUCCUCUUGCUGAUCGCUGUUGGCUCGACCCUCGUUAAUGAUCGCGCCUACGACACUUCAGCCGAUUUAUUGCUGGUAGGCAAUGCCGAACCUCUUUCUGUCAACGAUGGUAAUGAUGGGGUUGCAGAGCUGUUGAGCAACUUUGGCAAGCGGCUGGUCACGAGGUUCACGAGUUGGGAUGCUAUCUAUUUUGUGAGUGCGGCGAAGAGGGGGUAUGUUUAUGAGCAGGAGUGGGCUUUUGGGACAGGGUUGGUGGUGUGCGUGAGGGGGGUUUUGAAGGCUCUCCAAACCCUCGGCCUGCCCCUGCCCCUCGCCACCUCACCCACCGCCCUCGCAGAAGCAACCACGGCCCUCCUCCUCUCCAACGCUUCCCACCUCCUCGCCUCUCUUGUUCUCUACCGCCUGACUCUCCUCUUACCAUUCUCCGGUUCGAAGUCUUCUCCCCAAAAGCAGCGUAAACUAGCCCUCCUCACCUCCCUCCUGCACAUCUUCUCCCCCGCCGGCCUGUUUCUCUCCGCCCCCUACGCCGAAAGCUCGUGUGCUUUGUUUUCGUUCUUGGGGUGGUGGUUUUAUGCUCAAUCUUGUUUAUCUGAUCAAGAUGGUACCACCGCUGUGUCUGACAACGUUGAGGGGAGUGAAAAGGGGUCAUUAACCCUGAAAGGAGACCUCCAUCUGCUCCUAGCCGGCCUUUCCUUCGGUCUCGCCACAUUAUUCAGAAGUAACGGUAUCUUGAACGGACUACCCUUUGCUUGGGAGGUUCUUACUAUUCUAUCAGGGCUCGUUAUCACUACGUCUGAGGAAAGAGGAAGAGGAAGAGUCCCGCUGCUCAGGACGCUGAGACGACUCAUCGCCCUAGGCUUGGGUGGGAUCUUUGUAGCGGCGGGAAGUAUCGUGCCGCAAGCUGUGGCGUGGUUGAGGUAUUGCCCUUCUGGGAGUUUGUGGUUGUUAAACAAGUUUUUGUCAUCGGGGUCAGAGGUAGAGGUAUCCGAGACAUCCGGCGGUAGUGGUAGCGCCCGCGGCUAUGGUAGCAGUGGCGUUGGUGCUGGUGUGAAUGCUGGUGCUGGUGGUGGGCUAGAGGAACUUGUGGCGCAGGACGAAGCAAGGGAGUGGUGCGCUGCGGUGGUGCCUAGCAUUUACACGUUUGUGCAGAAACAUUAUUGGAACGUCGGUUUCCUCCGCUACUGGACCCUUCCCAACAUCCCGCUUUUCCUACUCGCUGCUCCGAUGCUCGCGAUCCUCGUCAAAUCGGCACUUGACCAGCUCAGUCAGCAAUCAUCCACAGCAACAGUACCCCUAGCCAUGAACUCCGACGCCAAGUCUACGUCUUCUGCCUCCCCAGACACCCCUUCAUCGGGCUCUGUCAAGUCCGAUGAAGCCGGUUUCAUCCCCCCACCCCCCGAAUUACCAACGAUAGCCCAACAACGCAUGCAGAUCCUCAUCGGCUCGGCAGCCGCGGAACAGGUGCUGCUUGCGGUCCUGGCGGUAAGCACGUACCACGUGCAAAUCAUCACGCGGAUAUCGUCAGGGUAUCCGCUGUGGUACUGGUGGUUGGCUCAGCAGCUUAUCGGUGAUGGGGACAUGCAGCAGCAGCAGCAGCAGCAGCAGCAGAAGAAGCUGGGCAAGGGGAUUGUGGUGUUUAUGGUCAUGUAUGCGGCGAUUCAGGGGGUGUUGUUUACUUCGUUUUUGCCGCCGGCGUAGACUAGGAUUCAUCGUUUUGAGGAACAGAAAUGGGGUACCUGUGUUGAGGUAAGGGAUAUGUCGUUUGUUGCUACCCUUGGAUGUUGGAGUUAGGAAGAAACGAAAUGUACCUAUAUACACAGCCAAUCCAUCAUGUCUUUGCUGUCGAGCUUCUUUGCGAUUGAGAGAGAUUCUUGACUGUCUUAUGGUUGUUUAU